CGCCGCGACAGUCGAUCUUUGCAAGACUUUGCGCGUCCAGAGCGAUAUCAUGGGCAUGGUAAGCGCGGUAGCCAUCUAUCAAGCUCCGGAAGAGGCCUACAAAUUAUUUGACAAAGUCCUGGUUCUCUACGAGGGAAGACAGAUCUACUUUGGAAAGACAACAGAAGCCAAGCGUUAUUUCCAGCGGCUGGGAUUCGUUUGUCCCCAGAUUCAGACGACGCCUGACUUCCUGACGUCCAUGACUAGUCCAGCCGAGCGUGAGGGCAUUGUGAAGCCUGGAUAUGAGCAAAAGGUUCCGCGUACCCCCGAUGAAUUUGCCGAGGCAUGGCGGACGAGCAAUCACCGCCGUCAAGUCGACGAGGAACUGGAUACAUACGACGCAUCCUUUUCCCUGAGCAGCAGUGGCCCGCGGAGCUCGCGCACACACUUUGCCGAGUUCCUGGAGAGCAAGAAGAGCGAUCAGUCGUGGAUGCAGCGAUGGAAGUCUCCCUACACCCUCUCGUACCCGCGUCAGGUUCUUCUAUGCCUUUGGCGCUCCCUCGCGCUGCUCAAGGCCUCGCCGCAGAUGACGGUGAUGAUGCUCGUCCUCAACCUCUUCCAGACGCUCAUCGUUGCCAGCGUCUUCUUCCGGCUGCCCGACACAGCUGAGUCCAUGAAGUCGCGCAGCACGUUGCUGUUCACGGCGGCGCUGGUCAAUGCCUUUGGUUGCGUACUCGAGGUGCCGACCUUGUACGCCAAACGAUCCAUAGUCGAGAAGCAUGUCAGAUAUGCCCUGUAUCAUGCUUCGGCCGAGGCCACCGCGGACUUGGUCAUGAGCUUGCCGUACAAGCUCCUCAACGCCAUCACGGUCAACACACUUUUCUACUGGAUGUGCAAUAUGCGCAACGAAGCUGGAUCAUUCUUGUACUUCGUGCUGGUCCAGUUCGCCAUGACUCUGGCCGUGAGCUUACUCUUCCGGCUCGUUGCUUCCGUUACGAAGAGCCACACAGCGGCUAUGGCGCCGUCGACUAUUGUGCUGCUCACGCUGGCGCUGUACACGGGGUUCGCGGUCCCGCCCAUGUAUUACAAGCCGUAUGCUUCUUGGAUCGCCACGCUCAGCCCCGUGUCGUAUGGAUUUGAGGCCCUCAUGAUUAACGAAUUCGGCAACGGGCGCAAGUUUCCCUGCAAAACCUUUCUUCCGGCUGGCCCAAGCUACGACAUGGAUGCUGCGAGCAUGAGUAUGAUGGCACAGACGCGCGUGUGUGCCGCGCAGGGAGGUGUGCCGGGCGAGACAUUCAUUAACGGGAGCGCGUACAUCACUGGCGCGUUUCGAUAUGCGGACAGCCAUCGGUGGCGAAAUGUCGGUAUCGUCUUUGCAUUCGCAGUGGCCUACUUCGUGUUGCAUCUCAUUGCCACGGAGAUGGUAAGCAGUUCGAAGAGCAAAGGGGAGAUGCUUGUCUUCCCUAGAGGUAAAGUCCCGACGAGGCGGACUGGGGAGCCGACGCGAGAUGUGGAAGACCACAUCACCAAAGGGAAGACAGAAGCACCGGACCGUAGCGGCGGUCAUGAUGGUGAUGAUGAGGGCGAGUUAACCAUCGACCGUCAGACGGCUAUUUUCCACUGGAGCAACGUCUGUUACGAAGUCAAGAUCAAGAAGAAGGAGACGAAGCGCAUCUUAGACGGUGUAGACGGGUGGUGCAAGCCGGGAACGCUCACUGCCCUCAUGGGCGUAUCGGGCGCCGGCAAGACCACCCUUCUCGACGCCCUCGCCUCGCGCCUAUCAGUUGGCGUGGUGACGGGCGAGAUGCUUGUUGACGGGUCCCCCCGAGAUGCCUCCUUUCAACAAAAGACAGGUUACGUCAAGCAGCAGGAUCAGCACCUCCUCACGUCGACGGUGCGCGAGGCUCUGACUUUCAGUGCUAUCCUCCGCCAGCCGGCCCGAUUUUCUCAUAAGCAGAAGAUUGCAUACGUUGAUAAGGUGAUUGAAAUUCUGGGUAUGGAAGAAUACGCAGAUGCCGUCGUCGGCGUACCCGGGGAGGGUCUCAAUGUUGAGCAGCGUAAGAAGCUUACUAUCGGUGUUGAGCUGGCUGCUCGUCCUGCACUUCUUUUGUUUUUGGAUGAGCCUACGUCGGGCUUGGAUUCUCAGACAAGCUUGUCGAUUUGCACUUUGCUCGAGACACUGAGGCAAAAUGGGCAAGCCAUCUUGUGUACAAUUCAUCAGCCGUCAGCGAUUCUCUUUGAGCGGUUCGACAGACUUCUUCUCCUUGCUCGAGGAGGAAGGACCGUCUACUUUGGGCAGAUUGGGCGCAACGCCAAGGUUCUGGUGGACUAUUUCGUCCGCAAUGGCGGACCGCGACCCAAAAAGGGGAAGAAUCCAGCCGAGUACAUCCUCGAACAAGUCAAAGCCAGCGGGAGCGGGAAAAACGAUGUGGACUGGCCCGAAGUAUGGCGACAAAGCACCGAGUAUGAAGAGGUCAAGGCUCAUUUGGCCAAACUCAAAGAAACAAAACACCAAGAUCCAACGCAGCAGCAGCAACAACAAGAUGAUCCCCCCUUCGCCGCUCCCACAAUCACCCAGUUUUUCGAGGUGACCAGGCGUUUGUCCAGACACUACUGGCGCACUCCGAGUUACAUUUACGCAAAGAUUCUCUUGACUUUCGGUUCGGCUCUCUUCAUCGGUCUCUCGUUGCUCAACCUACCCAACACGCAGGUGGGCAUCACGAUCCAGACCAUCGCCAUCUUCAUGUUCCUCACAACGCACCUCAACCUGAUGCAACAGAUAGUCCCCAUAUUCGUGUCCCAACGCACACUCUACGAGGGCCGUGAGCAGCCCUCACGCACAUACUCAUGGGCCGCCUUUAUGGGCGCGCAAAUGAUCGUCGAGAUGGCCUACAACGCGCUCAUGGCCCCGCCGGCGUUUGUGGCGUGGUACUACCUCGUCGGGCUACAGCGUAAUGCAGCAGAGACAAACGACACCGCCGCACGCGGCGGGCUGGCCGUGCUGUUUAUGUUUGUCUUCUUUUUGCAAGCAAGCACUUUUGCGCACAUGAUCGGGGCCGCCUUUGACCUCGCCGACCAGGCUGCCGGCAUCGGCAAUCUCUUGUUUGUCAUGAUGUUCAUCUUCAACGGCAUCCUCGGAACGCCUCCUAAGUUCUGGGUUUGGGUGUACCGCGUUAACCCCUUCACCUAUCUCGUCGAGGGAUUGUUGGGCACAGGUCUCGCGAACGCCAAGAUCCACUGCGCCGAGAACGAGUUCCUACUCGUGAACCCGCCUAUUGGACAGACGUGUGGGGAGUACUUGCAGCCCUUCAUCGCCAUGGCGGGCGGAUAUCUCGAUAAUCCGUCCGUCCAGGACAACUGCAAGUAUUGCACGACUAACAAUACGAAUCAGGUCUUAGCAGGGGUACACGUGGAGUUCAGCAAUCGCUGGCGCGACUUGGGCAUCUUGUUUGCGUACAUCUUCUUCAACGCUAUCGCUGCUUUUGGGAUAUACUACAUCCGCGUGCCCAAGCCCAAGAAAGAUAAAGCCAAUGCAUCACCAUCAACAUCAUCACACCGAGAUGACAGUAACUCAGAACCUCCGCCCAAGUUCCCCAUGGAAGAGUCAGAGAAACAAGCGGACAAGUCUCUGCACGUCACGCGGGCCGGCAAGGUUCUUGGCUCAAUUCGCUCGUCUAUCCACGGCAGCAUACAGGGACUCGAAGGCAGUGGAAAGAGAUACUGGGAUGAUGACAUGGAGAAUGCCGACGAUGCUCAAAUAAUUGGCAAGGAAGCAGAGUUGGGAUGUUUGAGUAAGGGCGAAGAGGGAAACUAGGAAGUCAGUAUUCGGGAUUUCACUAUAUAACGGUUACUUAUAACUCCUCAAAAUUGGAUUUAGUAAUAGGAGGUCAAUAUGCUUAAUUAGAGUAAUAGCUUAGAUUAUAUCGUUAUCUUAAAAGGUAUAUCCUGAGAUAGCUAUUCUAAUUUAGCUUAAGUACAGCUUAUAUAGCUUAUACAUACUAGCUAAUAGCCUUCUAUUCCAUCAUUAUAAUACAUGG